AUGACUGACCUAACACCCACACUCAGCCAGCUGGUCUCAUCCAAGCAUGGCCCGACAAUUCCUUCCCAAAAAGCCCUCCGGCCAUCCACUGAAACAGCGGACGAAUUCCUAAAGGAGGCAUAUCGCAUCAACUCCCACAUCCAAUCCCUCCUUCAAUACCUCCAAUCAAUUCGCCACGCCUACCUAACUACAACAGCCCCACAACGCCGUAACCAAACCACUACCCGCCAAGCACACUCUCCACCCCCAACAUCCCAGCACCUCACAGAACCAGAGCGCGACGCAGUCGACUCUUCAACAGCCCUCCUCCUUCGCGAUCUCGCAGCCUCAAUCUCAAAUCUUGCUUCCGCCGAAACCCUCCGCCAGGACACUGAAGCUACCAUCCUCCGCAAACGCUACGGCCACAGCGCUGCAGGCGCUCUGCUCUUCCGAUGGGCAGGCGGCGGUGGACCAGGCGACAACGAAGAUGCGCAAGGGAAGUCAGCAGAGCAGGUACAGGCGGAGGAGAGCGCGAAGGUUCUCCGCACAGUGCGCGAGAGCGUGCUCUGGCGUUUGAGGCGCGGAUUGGAGGGUGCGGCGAGUGUGCAGCGAGGGAUGGUAGAGAAGAGGAUUGACCGUGUGCGCGAGAAAGAGAAGAGUGUUUUGUAUAAAGCUGCAGGUAAGGCUGCGGCGUCGAAGUCUGGGUCUGGAACGGCGCAAGGUGGCUCAGAACGACAAAGUGGCUAUAAUGAGAAACCUGCGUCUCUGCCGACUCCUGAUGCGGUGCAUCUGAGCGAGGCUGAUACAGCGCGAAUUGAGGCGCAGCUUUCACCGGAGCAACUGCAGCUCUUUGCCGAAGAGAAUGAUACUAUGCUGCGCCAUUAUGAGGAUACAUUGAGCAAGGUCCAAAAUGCCGAGAAAUCUCUUAUUGAGAUCUCGUCUCUGCAGAGUACGCUUGUAUCUCAUCUUUCUACCCAGGAAGAGUAUAUCUCGCAAUUGGUCAGCGAUGCUGAUACGACUAAUACGAAUGUUGGGCGUGGAAACAAGGAGCUUAAACGUGCGACCGAGCGCCGGAGUACGGCGCAGGCCGUGUUUUGGGGGACUGUGGGCUUGUGUACUUGGCUUGUUGUAUGGGAUUUGGUCUUUUGA